CCCGCGCGCUCACUACCCGAGGUCGCAGAGCGGAAGGCCAGCGUCCUGUCUGUCGUCCAUGGCCGCCGCACUGCUCGUCCGGGCCAGUGGCCCCCUCCGCAGAGCUCUUUGUCCUCGGGACUGGCGGAGGUUACAUACUAUCUACCAGUCUGUGGAACUGCCCGAGACACACCAGAUGCUACGUCAGACAUGCCGUGACUUUGCCGAGAAGGAGCUGGUUCCCAUUGCGGCCCAGCUGGACAAGGAGCAUCUCUUCCCUGCAGCUCAGGUGAAGAAGAUGGGGGAGCUCGGGUUGCUGGCCAUGGACGUGCCUGAGGAGCUCAGCGGCGCGGGCCUUGACUACCUGGCCUAUUCCAUCGCCAUGGAGGAGAUCAGCCGUGGCUGUGCCUCCACCGGAGUCAUCAUGAGUGUCAACAAUUCUCUGUACCUGGGGCCCAUCCUGAAGUUUGGCUCCCCAGAGCAGAAGCGGCAGUGGAUCACCCCUUUCACCAGUGGUGACAAAAUCGGCUGUUUUGCCCUCAGUGAACCAGGAAAUGGCAGCGAUGCGGGAGCUGCUUCCACCACAGCCCGGGAAGAUGGCGACUCGUGGGUCCUGAAUGGCACCAAAGCCUGGAUCACCAAUUCCUGGGAGGCCUCGGCCACUGUGGUCUUUGCCAGCACAGACAAGUCCCUGCAGAACAAGGGCAUCAGUGCUUUCCUGGUUCCCAUGCCAACGCCGGGGCUCACACUGGGGAAGAAGGAAGAUAAGCUGGGCAUCCGAGCUUCGUCCACGGCCAACCUCAUCUUUGAGGACUGUCGCAUUCCCAAGGAGAACCUGCUGGGGGAGCCUGGGAUGGGCUUCAAGAUAGCUAUGCAAACUCUGGACAUGGGCCGCAUUGGCAUCGCCUCCCAGGCCCUGGGCAUCGCCCAGGCUGCCCUUGAUUGCGCUGUGAACUAUGCUGAGAACCGCAAAGCCUUUGGGGGACCCCUCUCCAAGCUCCAAGGCAUCCAGUUCAAGCUGGCAGACAUGGCUGUGGCUCUGGAGAGUGCCCGGCUGCUGACGUGGCGUGCUGCCAUGUUGAAGGAUAAUAAGAAACCAUUCAUCAAGGAGUCUGCCAUGGCCAAGCUGGCUGCAUCAGAAGCAGCAACCGCCAUAAGCCACCAGGCCAUCCAGAUCCUGGGAGGCAUGGGGUAUGUGACAGAGAUGCCAGCCGAGCGGCACUACCGUGACGCCCGUGUCACCGAAAUCUAUGAAGGCACCAGCGAGAUCCAAAGGCUCGUGAUUGCCGGGCACCUGCUCCGGAGUUACCGGAGCUGAGCCCUUCCAGGAGACCAGCGCCCACCUGCCAGCGGCUGGCCUGUGGACCAUGGGAAAGGGUGGAGCCCCGCGGCCUUAAUCCUGAUUCCUACUGAGAGGGUGGGGCAGGACCUGCCUCCUCAAUCCUGCCCUUUGCCUCUACCCACCCCCCAUCAGGCUGCAUGGGAGUCUGUGUUGCGGAGAGGAGAGGUGACCUGAGACUAAGGACACACCUGUCAUCUCUUCAGUGCAGGACUCUCCUAUCUCUUCACCCACCAAUGUGCCUCAUUUCCUUCUUCUGAGUGGCUGUGGUCUCUUGGAGACCAGGCUGUGGGGAGCACCAAAUGACAGUCACUCCCUUAGGCCCUGCUGCUUGGUAUGACCUUGGGAGGGACCCCAAAGUCAGAGGUCAGGAAGAAGGGACUGGCAGAGUGACCAGUCCUCAGUAGCAGAACUUGUCUCUCCAGCCCCGGAGUCCCAGUCUUGGGAAGUCUGGGGGCUGGGUCGGGGGCCUCUCUGGAAAGAUCAGAUGAGAACAGGUGUGUGGUGUGCCUGUCACCUGUGGGAACUGACCAGCCAAUAAAGCAUAGUUGUGCCUUGACCCUCACCUGUGUCCUGGUCCUUGGGUCUUUUGUCUGUGCGGGCCAACACCCCCCACCCUGAGUGUGACCCGGGAGCUUGACCUCGGGAGGCAGGGCUGGCCGUGGAGGCGGAUCAGGAGGAUAAAGAACCGGUCAUAGCCUGGGUGAGUGUCCGGGAGCGCCACCAGCAGGGGGCAGGCCCCCUCCAGGGGGCUCUCUAAGUUGACCUGGCCUCCAAGCAGCAUGUGGAAUGGGGAGGGGACUGCAGUGGGGACAGGAGCAAGGCUGUGG